AAACGAACCAAGUGAACCAAAAGGACAGCCGGUUCAUUUAAUUUGUAAUUUUUUUCUUAUGUGGAAUAUACACGACAAAAGUGGGAGACGCAUCGCUAUCGAUUAUUAACUGAGCGGCGGCUACGUCGUAUCGCGGUGACGCGCAGAGGCGCGUCCCUCAGCCUCCUCCCAUUUCUAGGACAUAAAUUAUGAGGACGCAGGCUAUCGGUGCCAAAGCGCAGAGGACUCAAGUGUGGGUCGUUCGGCGAACGAAAAGCUAAAAAUUUAUCAAUCCGAAGCGUGAAGUUUAGAGAGAGUCCUGCCAGUUCGCCCGGAGCCCCUAGGUAGCGUUUGCUGCGAGCUGCGGUGACUUUCAUUUUCUGGAGCGAGCUCUCUCCCGCGCUUCUUGCAGUUCGAGCGGGACGUUUUCCCUCAUUCUUCACAAAUAGCCGUUUUUAAAUUUGGAUGCGGCACGUCUUCUCCACAGUCCUGGCUGCAACAUGGAUGCCUAUUGUGACUGUUUAGUCUCAAAAAGCUACUCAGAGCUGAACAUUAUCUGUCUGCUCAGGGGAUAGCAGUAACUUUAACCCCCUAUCACAUCCGUUUGCUUCUAUUUAAGGCCAAAAAGGAGCCAAAUAAAUUAUUUUAGUUUACAUAUUUAUCCGAGUCCUGUAGGUGAAAAGUGAAAACCUGUGGGACUUAUUUAUUUUUAAAGCAUCAAAGCACUAGUACCUCAUUUUUUGUAAAUUCCAAUUUUGAUAAUGAAUAUAUAUUUUUUAUAAAAAUAACUUAAUAAUUUAUUAUUUGAAGGGUUAGUUAAUAUUUAGAGAUGGAAUCGACUACUCUGGCCUCGCUGGUUAUGGCCACCACGCUAGCUGUGGCCUCCCAGUCUCCGCUGUCUGAUUACCUGUGGUUGGUGGUGUUGGGGUUCAUCAUCGCCUUCAUCCUGGCCUUCUCGGUGGGCGCCAACGACGUGGCGAACUCCUUCGGCACGGCCGUGGGCUCGGGCGUGGUCACCUUGCGGCAGGCCUGCAUCCUGGCCACGGUGUUUGAGACGCUGGGCUCCAUCCUGCUGGGGGCAAAGGUCAGCGAGACCAUCCGUAAGGGCAUCAUCGACGUCAACAUGUACAACGGCUCUGAGCCCCUGCUGAUGGCCGGCUCAAUCAGCGCCAUGUUUGGGUCCGCUGUGUGGCAGUUGAUGGCCUCCUUUCUGAAGCUCCCCAUCUCUGGAACCCAUUGCAUUGUGGGAGCCACCAUUGGUUUCUCCCUGGUAGCAAAGGGUCAGCAGGGGGUUCAUUGGCUGGAGCUGCUCAGAAUCGUGGCCUCCUGGUUCCUUUCUCCUCUGCUGUCCGGUAUCAUGUCUGCUGUCCUCUUCUACUAUGUCCGCAAGUACAUCUUGAACAAGGAGGACCCCGUCCCCAACGGGCUGAAGUCCCUGCCUGUCUUCUACGCUGUGACGAUGGGCAUCAACUUCUUCUCCAUCAUGUUCACGGGAAUUCCACUCCUGGGCUACGAUGGGAUUCGCUGGUGGGGCAUACUUCUCAUCUCCGUGGGCUGUGCCAUCCUCACGGCCAUCAUCGUGUGGUUCAUUGUCUGCCCACACCUCAGGAAGAAGAUCGAGAGUCAGGUGAAGUCCAGCCCUUCUGGGCGCCCUCUAAUGGAGAAAGACCCCCUGAAGGUGGCCCCCGAGGAUUCCCCCAAGCCAACAGCCCUGGUGCUGCCUCCCCCACACUCUCCCCCUCCCUCGGAGGAGCGUAGGGUGGCUUUCGACAUCGGUGACUCAGAAGAGACUGACGAUAAGGACAUCAAGGAUAUCGGAGGAUCGGACAGCAAUGUGCACCAGCCUCAUCAGGUCCAUUUCGGCAACGGAUCCAUCCACGUUCCUGGCAACGGCUACAGCCAGUACCACACAGUGCACAAGGACUCGGGCCUCUACAAGGACCUGCUGCACAAGCUGCACCUGGCCUCGGUGGGCGAAUGCCUGGGCGAGUCGGGGGAGCGGCCCAUCCGGCGCAACAACAGCUAUACCUCGUACACACUGGCCAUCUACGGCAUGCACGGCGAUCUGCGGCCCAAGGAGCCUGAGGGUCGGCCCGCUAGCGGCAGCACCGAGGACGGUGAGCGCAAGCGCGUGCGCAUGGACAGCUACACCAGCUACUGCAAUGCCGUUGCUGAGCCGGGCGUGGCGGAGGUUCCCCCGGCGACCCAGGUGACCGUGGAUGUGGGCGACGGGGCCAGCAGCCAGGGCUCGCUGGAGGAUGACGGCCUGGAAGAGGACCGGUCCGAGGUCUCCAUGCUCUUCCAGUUCCUGCAGAUCCUUACUGCCUGCUUUGGUUCCUUCGCACACGGUGGCAACGACGUCAGCAAUGCCAUUGGGCCCUUGGUAGCUCUGUGGCUGGUCUUCUUCACCGGGAAUGUGGCUUCCAACGCCCCUACUCCCAUCUGGCUGCUGCUUUUUGGGGGUGUGGGCAUCUGUGCCGGCCUGUGGGUGUGGGGGCGCCGCGUCAUCCAGACCAUGGGCAAGGACCUGACCCCCAUAACCCCCUCCAGUGGAUUCAGUAUUGAGUUGGCCUCGGCCGUGACCGUGGUGGUCGCCUCCAACAUCGGUCUUCCUGUCAGCACCACCCACUGCAAGGUGGGCUCCGUGGUCGCUGUGGGCUGGCUGCGGUCCAGGAAGGCGGUGGACUGGCGCCUCUUCCGGAACAUCUUCCUGGCUUGGUUCGUGACGGUGCCGAUCUCGGGCCUCAUCAGCGCCGCCAUCAUGGCCCUCUUCAAAUACGUCAUCCUGUAAAGCGGGGCUGGGCCCCGCUGUUGCACCCUGCCACCCCUGUCUGUGUUGGGAACCAGCUGCCCCUCCCGGUUCCAGCUACCCCCGGCUUUCUGUAAAUAGCCAGCCGCCCCCAAGCUUCCAGAGGGGAUCAUAUAAAACUUUUCUAUGAUUUUAUUAUGUUGUAUGUAAAAUGAGGUCCAUUUUUCAUUUUUUUUCACCAACGAGUUAAUAAUGAGAACACUUGCAUGCAGUAUUAGCCUUUAGCGAAUAAUGACCAGUUCACGUAGUGUACACUGAAGCUCGUUAUAGCCUAGUGUACACUAGUUUAUGCACACUAUGUAGCAUAGUGUAGUGAACACUAUGAAACAACACAAACUAAGUGCCAUUUGAUCCAGUUAUACUUACCAUUGUUUACCAGUAGGAAUAAAAAAAAUGCAGAAAUCAUGCAAAAAUGUGUUUUUCAUUAACCCUUUUGUUUUGUAGAAUGCCGUCACUUGAUAGAAAACAAACUGCGUUAUUGAUUGGGAGGGAGAGACAACUUGUAUUUCCUCGAACUUGAUUACACUAAACUGUAGAUAAAAUGAGGGGAACUUUAUCCCGUCCCUUGUACAAUUUUGAAUCUGGUCCAGCUGUGUUUUGUUCGAACCCGGAGCUGAACGCUUUUUCCUUUUGUUGUUUUUAAGUAUGGAAGGUACAGGGAAAGCUGGAGUCAGGUCUGACCUAGAGCUGCUGUAGAUGCUUUCAUUUUACUUUGGUACCAAAGACUGGAGUGUUUCCAGCACACAUUAACUGAUUUAGUCUUCCUAUUAAAAAAAAAAAAACAAUUAUGGAAAAAUAAAACAUUUAAACUUCA